AUGGCGGCUUCUAUCUCACAGCGCCCUACUCGCAUUACAGCUCAGAACCCAUGUUCCAAACUGGACUUCGUUGGUGGGCUUUCAAGGAAAAGUUCCGGUUUUGUGCAGUUUUUAAGGCCCUCUGUUCGGAAGAGCAACAAUGCUGUCAAGGUCUCCUGUGCCAUCAGCAAAGACAAUGGUAGUGCAGUGUCUGUUGCUGAUUCCGUGCCUACUGUGACUCGCUCCAAGGUGCAGCGACAUACAAUUUCAGUGUUUGUAGGUGAUGAAAGUGGAAUAAUAAACCGGAUUGCUGGGGUUUUUGCUAGAAGAGGUUACAACAUCGAAUCCCUCGCUGUUGGUUUGAACAAGGAUAAGGCUCUGUUUACUAUAGUUGUCUGUGGAACUGAAAAAGUUUUGCGGCAAGUUGUAGAACAGCUUAACAAGCUUGUGAAUGUCAUAAAGGUGGAAGAUAUCUCCAGGGACCCACAAGUAGAGAGAGAACUGAUGCUCAUAAAGCUCAAUGCAGAUCCAAGCACUCAGGCUGAGAUCAUGUGGUUAGUGGACAUCUUCAGAGCAAAAAUAGUUGAUAUCUCAGAGCAUUCACUUACUAUUGAGGUCACUGGUGACCCUGGGAAGAUGGCUGCUGUUCAAAGGAACUUAAGCAAGUUUGGAAUCAAAGAACUUGCUAGAACUGGAAAGAUUGCUCUGAGACGGGAAAGAAUGGGUGAGACAGCUCCAUUUUGGAGUUUUUCUACAGCUUCAUAUCCUGACCUUGAGAGAACUUCAUCCGGUGUUGCCCUUGCCAGGAAUGCUGCUAACUCCCUUGCAGGGAAUGCAGACCUAUCACUCAAUGGAAACAACAUUCCAUCCUCGAAGGGUGAUGUUUAUCCUGUGGAGCCUUAUGAUGACUUCUUGGUGAAUCCAGUUCUUGAUGCUCACUGGGGUGUUCUUUAUGACGAAGAUUCAAAUGGGCUUCGGUCACACACUUUAUCUAUGCUCGUCAAUAACUGUCCUGGAGUUCUAAAUAUUGUCACUGGGGUUAUAUCUCGAAGAGGCUAUAACAUUCAGAGUCUUGCUGUGGGGCCUGCUGAAGAAGAGGGACUUUCUCGCAUUACUACCGUUAUUCCUGGAACAGAUGAGUCAAUUGGCAAGUUGGUUCAGCAACUUCACAAGUUAAUAGAUCUUCAUGAGGUUCACGAUAUUACUCACUCGCCAUUUGCAGAACGAGAAUUGAUGCUAAUAAAGAUAGCUGCAAAUAGUGUUGCUAGGAGGGAUGUUCUUGAUAUUGCUAGAAUAUUUCGGGCAAAAGCUGUUGACGUCUCUGAUCACACAAUUACUCUUGAGCUUACAGGUGAUUUUAGUAGGAUGGUUGCUCUGCAGAGAACAUUGGAGCCAUAUGGAAUUUGUGAGCUUCUUAUCAAAUCUAGAUUAUCUCAACUUGAGUUCUUUUCCCACGUUGCUAUGGUGGUUUCCUUCUCCAGUGCCCCCUUCUCCAGAUGGGAAAUGGAAGGAAACAAAACCGAAGUUGCCCACAUUCUGGGGCUGUUGAAGAGAGAGAUCAACCGGCAUGUCGGGGUUCAGGUAGAAACGGUGCUUUAG